AUGAGGUUCAGUGAACCCUUAGCUUUCACCAGUUUAUUUCCAUAUAUUUACUUCUAUGUUAGAGAUUUCGGAAUCUCUCCUACAAAGGAAGGAAUUGUAUUUUAUACUGGAGUGCUAACGUCGGUAUUUUCCAUCGGACAAUUUUUAUGUUCGGUCCAUUGGGGUAGGUUAAGUGAUAAGAUUGGUAGGAAACCCGUGGUAAUGAUAGGUAUAGUGGGUACGAGUUUGAUGAUGAUAUUAUUUGGAGUGGCCAGGAAUUUUUAUGUUGCAGCCUUUGCACGGUUUAUGAUGGGAUGCUUAAAUGGGAAUGUGGGGAUAUACCGGACUUCAUUAGGUGAAAUGGUUACUGAUAGAAGUCAACAAGCUUCAGCUUUUAUGGUGGUACCAAUGAUGUGGAACUUGGGGAUUAUUGUAGGACCAAUUCUUUCGACAUUCUUCUUGGGUCCUAUAAAUAAAGAGGAAUUCAAACCUGGAGGUGAACAUUGGGAAAAAAUCACCGAUUCCCCUUAUUUGAUGCCUAACUUGGUAGUAGCAUUCUUCCUUUUCAUUUCUCUCAUUAUUGGGUUCCUAUUUUAUGAAGAAACUAAUGAGAAGGUUAAAGGAAGAUAUGAUUUGGGGUUGGCAAUCGGUGAUAAGAUUACUGGAUUCAUCAUGAAACUUGGUUGGAGACGUAGUUCUUAUGUUCCAUUGACUCCACCUCCAGAAAGUUUGUUCGAUAUCGAUUCCCCAGUACCAGCAAUUAGACUAGAAGAUUCCCCCCAAACUCCCAGACAUAAAUCAAGGGUACCGGCCAUAGAUGAUGAAUUAAUGAUCGAACUGACUUUAGAUCCAUCCUUGGAUGAAGAACUGAUGAUUGAACUGACUAUAGAUGAACCAAUAGAUGAAGUUAUGUUCACUCCUAAUGUCAUCAAGACCAUCAUGGCAUAUUUCAUAGUAUCACUUGAAAAUGUUGUUUUCACCGAAUUUCUUCCAGUAUUUCUUGCCAAACCCGUUUCUAAGGACUUGUCCUUCCCCUUCCAGAUGUCAGGAGGGUUUGGUUAUACUUCUGAACAAAUAGCUCAUAUUACUUCAAGUACUGGACUUAUUGGAUUUACGAGUAUAGUAUUGUUCCCCUAUUUAGAUAAGAAUUUCGGGAUAAAAGUUUACCAAAUGGCAUUAUUUUGUAUGACAAUCGUUAUAGGAUACCUCCCGUUCAUUAUAUUCUUAAUACCUCAACAUAGUCAUCUACCAUGGUAUGUUUCAAGAGUUGUUAUUUAUGCUACAGCUUUGAUAUAUCAAUUUUCUUCGGCUAUUGGUAUACCUUCAAUUACAUUUUUAGUUCAUUUAGUAUCGCCUAAACAACAUAAGGGAACAUUGAAUUCCCUUGCCUUAGGUUUAGGUGCAUUGGCAAGGUUUUUAGGUCCGGUUAUUUGGGGUGGGUUAAUGAGUUAUUUCGAUGGUAAAAAUCUUGGAGGAGUCUCUUGGUUCAUAUUAUCUGCAAUAUGUUUCCUUGGGUUUGUUCAUUCAUUCACCAUUAAUUAUGCUUAA